AUGGUUGUUUAUUUUGUUCUCUAUACAGUUUCUGUUGUUAAUGCUGCGAACGUCUCUGCUCAAGUCAACAACAUCCCAAUGCUGAACGGGACAAACUUUAAGUUUUGGAAAGAAGCUGUGGAAAUUGUCGUUGGCUGUAUGGAUUUGGAUCUUGUACUUCGUUCGGAUCGACCCAUUUCUACUCUGGAAAACCCCAACAAGGGUAAAAUUGAAAGCGUUUCGGGGCUCUAUUCUGAGAGCGGAAGUGCCAAGAAGUUCCUUGAAGAAAGUGAGCAAUACUUUGCCAAGAACGAAAAAUUGGAGGCAAGUAACCUUUUGGCUAAACUCGUUUCCAUAAAGUAUAAGGGCAAAGGGAACAUAAGGGAGUACAUCAUGGAGAUGUCUCAUCUUGCAUCAAAACUCAAGUCGCUUAAGUUGGAACUGUCUGAUGACUUGCUCGUGCACUUGAUUUUGAUCUCUCUUCCUGCGUACUUUGGGCAAUUCAAAGUGAGUUAUAACACUCAGAAGGACAAAUGGUCCCUAAAUGAGCUUAUAUCUUACUCUGUGCAAGAAGAAGAGAGGCAGCAGCGUGAUAAGACUGAGAGUGCUCACUUGGCCUCAACCUCUCAGAACAAGAAAAAGAAGAGAGCAAAGGAUGCUGUGGAAGGAACUUCUCAGCAGAAGAAGCAAAAGAAGCAGGAUAAGGAGUUUACCUGCUACUUCUGCAAGAAGUCGGGACACAUGAAGAAGGAGUGUCUCAAGUACGCUGCCUGGCGUGUAAAGAAUGGUAUGCUUCUAACAUUAGUUUGUUCUGAAGUUAAUUUAGCUUCUGUACCUAAGGAUACUUGGAUUGCCUGUGGAGCCGACCACCAAGUGAUUAAGAAAGAUUUCUCUUUGUGGGCGAUGGCAAUAAAGUUGCGUUAUAUGAUUGAUAAUAUGUAUAUACUUGAUAUUAGAAUUCAGAGGCUUGUGUCGGAUGGAAUUCUUGAACCCCUAGAUUUAACAAACUUCCAUGUUUGUGUUGAGUGCAUCAAGGGAAAAAGAACAAACAUGAGAAAAUUAGGUGCCGAGAGAGCUACAGACGUCUUAGAACUGAUACAUACUGAUAUCUGUGGCCCAUUCCCUACGACUUCUUGGAAUGGACAACAAUACUUCAUUACAUUCAUAAACGAUUACUCUAGAUUCGGUUUCCUAUAUUUAAUACACGAGAAGUCUCAAUCCCUGGAUGUUUUCAAGUCUUUCAAAGCUGAAGUUGAACUUCAACUUGGAAAGAAAAUAAAGGCUAUCAAAUCUAAUCGUGGUGGUGAAUACUAUGGAAGGUAUGAUGGAUCAGGAGAACAACGUCCAGGACCCUUCGCUAUUUUCCUCAAUGAGUGUGGCACUGUUCCGUAA